AUGGACCAUCGGAUUCCUCGUAUCCGGAGGAACCUCAGACUGUGUGGGACCGGGCCGGCCUUCCAACAGGGAAGAGGUUUCCCUGUACUGAGUGCGGGAAGAGUUUUCUAUUUUAAAUCCGGACUUAUUGUGCAUAGAAGAUCUCACACGGGGGAGAAGCCGUAUUCCUGUCCUGAGUGCGGUAAAUGUUUUUCAAAGACGUCCAGUCUCUACAGACAUCAGAGAUCUCACACAUUGCAGAAGCCAUAUUCCUGUCCUGAGUGCGAGAAAUGUUUUGCAGAGAAAUCAAAACUUGUCAGACAUCAGAGGUCUCACACCGGGGAGAAGCCAUUUUUCUGUUUUGAGUGCGGGAAAAGUUUUUCAGUGAAAUGCUCUCUUUCCACACAUCAGAGAUUGCACACAGACGGGAAGCCGUAUUCCUGUCCUAAGUGCGGAAAAUGCUUUGUAAAAAAUUCACAUCUUGUUGCACAUAGAUCUCACACAGGGGAGAAGCCAUUUUCCUGUCUUGAGUGCGGGAAAUGUUUUUCAGAUAAGUCCAAUCUUUAUAAACAUCAGAGAUAUCACACAGGUGAAAAGCAAUUUUCCUGUCCUGAGUGCGGGAAAUGUUUUUUUUUCAGAUCUGCUCUUUAUGUGCAUAAAAGAUCUCACACAGGUGAGAAGCCGUAUUCCUGCCCUGAAUGCGGGAAAUGUUUUUCAGAUAGGUCCAGUUUUUAUAAACAUCUGAGAUUGCACACAGGUGAGAAGCCGUAUUCCUGUUCUGAGUGCGGGAAAUGUUUUGUUCAAAAAUCACAACUUGUCACACAUCAGAGGUCUCACACAGGGGAGAAGCCAUUUUCCUGUCCUAUGUGCGGGAAAUGUUUUUCAGACAAGUCACAUCUUAACAGACAUGAGAGACUACACAUGGGAGAAAAGCCGUAUUCCUGUCCUGAGUGUGGGAAAUGUUUUGCAUACAAGUCACAUGUUAGAAGACAUGAGAGACUGCACACGGGGGAAAAACCUUAUUCUUGUCUUGAGUGCGGGAAAUGUUUUUCAGAGAAAUCACAUCUAUACAGACAUCAGAGAUUGCACACAGGUGAAAAAGCCACCUUAUUCCUGUUCUGA